AUGGCUGAAAAACAGAAGACGUUUAGCCUAUUGCCCAAAAUACUCAAUGGAGGCAUAGCUGGAUUCAUAGGCGUUUUAUGUGUUUUUCCCUUAGAUCUUGUCAAAACCAGAUUACAAAAUCAAGUUAUCCGUCCAGACGGUACAAAAACGUACUCAAGCAUUGUGGACGCACUUGUAAAAACAUUUAGAAAAGAAGGAUUCCUUGGAAUGUAUAAAGGUUCAUUCGUAAAUUUGAUUCUAGUAUUACCGGAGAAAGCUAUAAAAUUAGGAGCCAAUGAUAUGUUCAGGUUCCAUUUUAAAAAGGCAGACGGAUCAUUACCAUUGUAUAGACAGUUAAUGGCUGGUGCGUGUACUGCUGUUUGUCAAAUGAUUGUUACUACACCAAUGGAGCUAUUUAAAAUCCAAAUGCAAGAUCAAGGAAGAAUAUCUGCUGGUGCAAGUGGACCUAAUACAUUUCAAGUUGUUAUGGGUAUAUUAAAAACGGAUGGAAUAGCUGGGUGUUACAAAGGACUAAACGCAACAAUGUUGCGAGACAUUCCAUUUUCAAUGAUAUAUUUCCCACUUUUUGCCAAUUUGAAUGAAGCGUGUCCGCAGCAAGCUGAUGGUGAUGCGAAGCCUUUUUGCACGUUUGGGGCAGGUCUAUUUGCAGGGGGGGUGGCUGCUAUAACUUGCACCCCAUGUGACGUUGUUAAGACCAGACUUCAAACUAUCAAGAAGGGAGACGGUGAAGAAAUAUAUACCGGGAUUUAUGAUGCUUUCGUCAAAAUUUAUGAAAAAGAAGGUUGGAAAUCAUUCUUUAAAGGAGGAGCUUGCAGAAUAAUGGUUAUAGCUCCUUUAUUCGGAGUAAGCCAAGUAGUAUAUUAUCUCGGAAUUGCAGAAUAUUUGUUAGGAAUGCAAAAACAUACAUAA